UGUCCGGAAAACUAAAACAAUUCUGUAGAAGAGUAUAUAAUCUGAACUUCUACUGUAGCUGGUCUUACCUUGUAAAAGCAUGGCCUACUGGGCGAUAGCAACGCGCAAAGGUCAAUCACCGCCAAUGAAGAUCACACCCGUGCUGAAUCCCAAUCAGCGUGAAUUCCUCGAGGAUGAGCUGCUCUAUCGCGAAAAGCUGGAAAUCUUAGCCGAAAACAAUACGAUCAGCACCGAUCUAUUUGUGCGUAAGUUCGAGGAUAUCGACGAUCCCGUAUUGCUGGACAAACACGAUUCCUUUUAUCACACCACCAAAAGUCUGCUGGUGCUGUUCCAGAUAAUGGGCGUUAUGCCAAUACAUCGCAAUCCGCAGAAGCCGGGUAUGCCACGCACUGGCUACUCAUGGACAUCGAAACAGGUCUUCUGGGCUGUGUGUGUAUUCUCGAUGCAAACUACAAUUGUGGUGAUGGUGUUGCGUGAGCGCGUCAAUACGUUUUUGAACGAUUCAGAUCGGCGUUUCGAUGAGGCGAUCUACAAUGUGAUUUUCAUAAGUUUGUUAUUCACGAAUUUCCUCUUGCCGGUGGCGAGUUGGCGGCAUGGUCCCCAAGUGGCGAUCUUCAAGAAUAUGUGGACGAAUUAUCAAUUGAAGUUCUUGAAAGUGACAGGCUCGCCGAUUGUUUUUCCCAAUCUGUAUCCGCUUACGUGGAGCUUGUGUUUCUUCUCGUGGGGUGUGAGUAUUGCGAUCAAUUUGUCACAAUACUAUCUGCAGCCCGAUUUCAAAUUGUGGUACACAUUCGCCUACUAUCCAAUUAUAGCGAUGUUGAACGGUUUCUGCAGCUUGUGGUAUAUCAACUGUACAGCUUUUGGCACCGCUAGUCGCGCUCUUUCCGCCUCACUGGAACUAACACUGAUGAGUGAUAAGCCAGCGAAGAAGCUCACCGAAUACCGACAUCUUUGGGUGGACUUGAGUCACAUGAUGCAGCAACUAGGUCGCGCCUACUCCAAUAUGUAUGGCAUGUACUGUCUGGUGGUUUUCUUCACAACCAUCAUUGCCACUUACGGUUCACUGAGUGAGAUUAUGGAUCACGGCGCCACUUAUAAGGAGGUGGGUCUUUUCGUUAUCGUUUUCUAUUGCAUGAGCCUACUCUAUAUUAUCUGCAAUGAGGCGCAUUAUGCCACACAAAGUGUCGGUUUGGACUUUCAAACGAAGCUCUUGAAUGUCGAUCUCACGGCGGUGGAUAGCGCUACGCAAAAAGAGGUGGAAAUGUUCCUCAUGGCUAUAACGAAGAAUCCGCCGAUUAUGAAUUUAGACGGCUAUGCUAAUAUUAACAGAGAGCUAAUCACUUCAAAUAUUUCCUUCAUGGCUACGUACUUGGUUGUGUUGUUGCAAUUCAAGAUUACCGAACAGCGGAAUUACUCGCUGAAACAGAGCAGACCAGAGCUGUUAGCAUAG